AUGCAGAUUAAUGACAAUAAUCUUGAAGUGUUAGAGGUUGGUGGUUGUCCAUCCCUCACAUGCUUGAUAUCGUGCAGAGGUGGGGGGCUACCACCCACACUCAAAAACCUUCAGAUUUGGGGGUGUAAAAAGUUGGAGGCACUGCUAGUAGAGAAGGGGAUGGAAAUUAACUGUCCAUCUCUUGAAUUUGUUUGGAUCUGGGGUUGUGAUAGGCUCAAAUACUUGCCAGAUGCCCUUCCUAAUAAUAAUAAUCUCAGGAAUCUCGGUCUAUUGGCGGUAGGAAGAUGUGAGAAUUUCGAAUCCAUUCCGGAAGGAUGGUUCCACUUCGCAACAAAUCUGACAAUAUUGAAUAUCACCGGAUGCAAAAAACUGAAGGCCCUGCCAGUUCUGUCACACGGGUUUCAGACCAUCAACUACCUCACUUCUCUUCAAACGCUGUCGAUGAAUAUUUCAGAAUGGAACAACAACUUCAAGAAGAUUGGCUUGCACAGUUUGUCCUCUCUCAUAAAACUGUUGAUUGAAGGCCCAAUUAGUGUGGCAGAGGAUGAAGAAGAAGAUGAUGUAACGGGGUCCAGCUUUCCGAUAGAUGGGAAGUUGCUGCCCACCUCUCUGAUCAGUCUUAGCAUCAUGAAAAUCCGAAAUCUGGAGAAGCUAUCUUCUAAGUUGUUUCAAAACCUUGCCUCUCUUGAAGAAUUUUAUAUCAGGGGUUGCCCUAGGCUCAAAUCUUUACCAGUGCAAAGGCUGCCUCCCUUACUUAAGAGAUUGUCGAUCAGUGGAAGUCGGAAGCUAACAGGGAAGUGUGAAAUGGGAAAAGGCAAAUAUUGGCCCCACAUAUCUAAGAUUCCUAAAGUCAAGGUCGAUGGUGAUGAUGAUGAUGAUGAUGAUGAUGAUGAUGAUGAGUGA